AUGAAGUUUCUUUAUUUCCGAUCAAUUCGUAAUGUUGGCACCAUUCACCAUUCAUGGUUCAAGGGCCCUACACAAUUUAAAUUUCUUUUCAUAUAUCUCUUCUCUACGGAUUCGAUAUAUGAACUCAAUGGUUCUUCUCUACGGAUUCUGAUCUGUGGUUCAUCAUUGUCUCAUAGCAUCUCUCUCCAGGGCUGGAUCGCUCCGUUGCCGCCUCAUCUCUCCUCAAUUCUUCGAUUUUCCGGCGACUCUCCGGUAGCGAUUCCGAUCAGGUAUGUGAGCAGCCUUGGUAAUAAGAGAGUUGAACUCUUUGAUAUGGGAGCAGGUGCUAGUGAUCCUACAGCAGAUGACAAUGUUCAAAUGGCAUCAGGUGAGAUCAGGACCCUCUUCAUGUCUGCAUCUGAACAAUUUGUUGAGCAUGGUGUAUUAUUUUGAAAACAAAAGUUGUUCAUGUGCUUUAUGCUUCUCGUGUUUGUUGUUAUUGAAUGCCCCCAAUAUGAUUCGUGGCUUAUUUGUUUUUGUUGUUAAUUCGUUUUCUGCAAAUUAGUAAUUCUUAGGCCCUAAGUUCUAUGAUUAGCAGCUUGGAUUUUUUCUGCUAUUAAGAACUUCUUGGUGGUACAAUCCUAUUAUAUUUCUGCUGGAAUUGAAAUCUGCCUUCGCCUUUUUCUGUAGCUAGUAGCCAAUGAAUGUAAUGAUGUUAAUGGGUGUGAAUUAUGAUUGUUGCAUAUGGAAUGAGUACAGGAACUUGGAGUAGAUAAUAGAUCUAGAGGGGAUGUGUUCAGAAGUGGAAAAUGAAGUUUUUAAUGUGGUUUAGCUUAGUACAUAAGUGAAUUGUCUGGUUAUAUUUCAUUUACUUUGUCUUAUUGUCUUGCUAAUGUUGUGGUCAUGAUGUGGCGGAUUGAGUCUUGGUAUUAAGAAUUAAUGAAAGAUUAAAGGUUUUUGUGGCAUUUCAUUUAUGAUCCUAGACUUUGCUUUUAACAAUCCCAUGGAUUCCUCAC